UAAUCUAUCUAAAACCUAGCCGCCUCAAUCCACCCAUUCUUCCUUCUAUUCUUUCUGGAAAUCGGACCAAAGGAAUAAAGUAAUCCCUUUUCCUUCGUCUCUCUUCCAUCUCGAUCUGCUUCACCACGCCCUUCAUUUCCUCUCGUCGUUCAUGUUCUGUGAAGGCCAAUGAAAAGGGAAACACCUAUUCGAGCCUCCCUUCAACCCUCGACCUCGAUUUUCUAGUCCUAAGUUAGAAACUUCAACCGCGACGAUGGAGAAGGCGGCAUCCGGGCAACGUAACAAUUUCAUCGAGGGAUUUGCUUUCGAUUUGGUUUGUGAUUUUAUUUCGAUUUGGAUUUGUAGGCUUGUCGGUUUUGAUUUCAUCGAGGGAGAAGAAAAGGGGAAGACCAGUGAUUCUAGACCUUACCGGCGGCCAAAUGCAUCGACAUUAGAGCUCACUUGGCAACGAUGCCGCCGCCGACGGCAGAAAAAUAGCUCUGGCGAGGACCCUCUGAUAAGUUUUGUUUGAGAUUUGCAUGUAUUUAGUCCUUUUACUUUAUAUGGUUUUUAAUUAUUUUUUUAUUUUUGUUGGUUUCGGACGAAGAGGAGGUAAUAGUAGAUCGGCGCUAUCGGUUCCAAGUUUUGCCAGCAGGCAGCAGUGAAGGCGACGAUGGCAGAAGAACAUAGACAACAACCUUUCAUUGAAUUUGCUUCGGCAUCGAUAGGGAGCCGAUUUCAGUAGAUUUGGGUUUUUUUUGUUAAUAGAUCUACCCUUUCUGGAGUCGGGUUGCGUGGAACUGAUAAGAGUAUUAUUGUCUUUUGUUUAUAAAUCAAUGUUUGUGAAUGUAUUGGUAGUUUUGUUAAUGCAAAUAUGAAGAUUAAUAAUAAUUUGUACUCUUGUACUGAUAGGAGUAUUGUUCUUGUACUCUAAUAUUAUUGUUGUUGUGCAUUUCGCGAUUUAAAUGAAAAUAAAACCCUCUAAUUCUAAUAUUAAAUGAAAAAGCUUAUUGUUU